AUGAAAUGUCUUAUGGUUGUGCUGGUGAUCAAUUUGGUGAUAUUUUUGUACCUGAUGUAUGCGCACAAUCUUUUCUCUGUUGACCAAUACGUGUUAUCUGCUGACGGUGCUUCACACUAUCACAGAGAAGAUGCCCAACAUCUUGUUCUCGCAAGGGAAGUAACAGUUGUCAUUAGAGAAUUCGAAGAUUUCGAAAACCGUGUACAUGAAACGGUAAACAGUUUUAAACUGAUAUCACCAUAUAUGACCGUGAUUGUAAUCUCAGAUAACAUUCCUUACCCACCACUGAAGUUAAACUUCAGCCAAACGGUGCACUUUGUGAAUCUGCAACUGCAGCCAAUGUUAACCAAUCCUACAGAUGUCAUCAAAAGAUUGAUUGUAACCCCAUACACACUGUUCGUUCCUGAUGGCACUAACAUAACAAGGUCCAAACAUUUACUCCAUGCUGUCAAAAACAUGAAAACGAGAAAGUUUAUAAAAGCUUUAGCCAUCCCAGUUGGUUAUGAAAAGCUCAACUGUCCUGGAAUGGAUGUGCACUUAAGAUCAUGGUCUGUUGAUUUCACUAACUUUGUCGGAGGUGAAGGAAUGUGUGACUAUGUGCAAGGCAACCAUGCACUGUUAAUGUUGACUCAUGACCUUUUUGAAUUGACAAGUCCAUUCGAACGUCCACUGUACGUCUCAUUGUAUAUGCAAUUGACACUGAGGAGAUGGAAAACAGGGGUAUUUUCAGGCAAUGUUUUUAUGCCAACAACCAUAUUUAAAGAUUUCCGAAGUGAAUGGAAACAUAAACAUAUGGAAGAAUUAAGACUUGAAAAUACUAUGAGAAAAUUUGAAAUUAAAAAGGUAUCUUAUGAUAAACAAAAAGAGUUUUAUUAUGGAUGCACAAAAGAUACAGAGAGAUGCUUUGGAACAGUCAUCAACGAUAUGCCUGAUUUUUUAUAUAGAGGAAAAUGGACUCCACCUUGUUGUUUAGAAGCAAUAAGAGAAACAGCCAGACAUGUUUUUAAUAUGUUGAAUAAAUGUUCUGCUCGUUACUGGCUAGAAGGGGGCAGCUUAUUGGGAGCAGUAAGACACAAGGACAUCAUUCCAUGGGACUAUGAUGUUGACAUCGGUGUUUAUAAAGAAGACCUAGACAAAUGUGACCAGUUUGUAACAUUGACAAAGAGAAACAGUUUUACUGAUGAAGCAGGAUUCCACUGGGAAAAGGCAACUGAAGGAGAAUUUUUUAGAGUCCAUUACAGUACUGUUAAUCGAAAUCAUGUAGAUAUAUUCCCUUUUUAUCCAAAGUCUGGAAUAAUGACAAAAAGAACGUGGUUAAAAACUCAUAGACAGGAUACAGAAUUUCCGGAAAAUUAUCUGAAACCACUUACGAAAGUGGAGUUCAUUGGAAUGAAUGUUUCUGCACCGAAUAAUAUCAGACAAUUUUUAGAAUAUAAGUUUGGAAAAGGGGUUAUAGAAACACCAAGGUUUCCCAACUCAGAAAUUGUGGUUGGUGGCUAA